AUGGAGCUCGACGACGCCGCCUGCAUGGACCUCCUCUGCGACUUUGUGCUGUGCCCGACCUUUGGCAGCAGCGAGAGCGCCGGCGACGACGACGAGAGCCACGCGCAGCCGCCGGCCAAGCGCUCGCGGAAGCGAGAAGCCCACCACAUUGCGGCGCUGCGCGCGACGGUCGCCGACCUCGUGGCGCAGCGCGAUGCGCUCACGGCGCGCAAGCAGCGCGCGACGCAGUCGCCAUGGGAGGCCACGUCUCGGCGCCAAGCAGCGGCGCGUUUCGCGGUCGAGCAAGAGCAUGCGCAGCUCACGCGGGCGGUCGCGGCCCAAGCCCGGGUCCUCACGUCGCUGCAAGCGGUUUUGGCGCGGCCACAGCUCAUCGACAUGCCGCUCUUGGCGCCGCGGCUUCUGGACGCGCCGUCGUCGCUCCGGCGCGCGACCGCCGAAGCGCUCGUCCAUGCCGAGUACGGUCGGCUCGAGAGCAUUGUGCUCUCGUCCAAGAUCCACGAAGCGACCUCGCGCGUGCAAAACACGAGUAUCACGUACGAUGAGAGUGCGCAUGCGAUCCGCGUCGACUGCACGAUGGCGCAGAUGCACAAUCUGACAGUCGACCAGUGCGCGCUGGCCAUCUGGAAGUACUACAACAAUCUCGUGCCGAUUGAAGUCAAAGACACGUCGUUCGUGGUGCUCGAAGAGUGGGACGCCAACUUGUCGUAUGGCCGCCUCAUCAUGGAGACGCCCGGCGUCGAGAUCCACUGCCACGUGGUUCAAAAGCGGUUUCUGGAGCCGAACCGAGUUGUCAUUUGCUCGGCCACCAUCGCCCACGAUGAAAAGUUCCCGUACGACCCAGACGCCUACGUCCUCCAUGAAAGCACGUGGUUCGUGCACAACACGACACUAUGUGUCAUUUUGUAG